AUGGAGAGUUUGGUGUACACUUCUCAGAUGGAGAGAAUAGCAGCCAAUCCGGCAGCCGUAGCGAAGCACUUCGUGGCUCUGUCGACCAACGGCGAGAAAGUGACCGCGUUCGGAAUCGACCCCAAGAACAUGUUCGGAUUCUGGGACUGGGUUGGAGGCAGGUACUCGCUGUGGUCGGCCAUCGGUCUGUCCAUCUCUCUGUACGUGGGCUACGACAACUUCGAGAAGCUUCUGGAAGGCGCUAGCUUCAUGGACAACCACUUCACCACGGCGCCUCUUGAGAAGAAUGCGCCGGUGAUCCUGGCUUUGCUGGGCGUGUGGUAUUCCAACUUCUACGGAGCGGAGACUCACGCUCUCCUGCCCUACGAUCAGUAUCUGCACAGAUUCGCAGCGUACUUCCAGCAAGGCGACAUGGAGAGCAACGGGAAAUACGUCACGCGUUCUGGUGAACAAGUGGACUACUCUACUGGACCCAUCGUGUGGGGAGAACCCGGCACCAACGGGCAGCACGCCUUCUACCAGCUCAUACACCAGGGCACGAGGCUGAUCCCGUGCGACUUCAUCGCGCCAGCGCAAACACACAACCCGAUAUCGGGCGGCGUGCACCACAAGAUCCUGCUCGCUAACUUCUUGGCUCAGACUGAAGCGCUUAUGAAGGGGAAGAGCUCAGAGGAGGCUAAAGCCGAGCUGGAGAAGUCAGGCAUGGCUCCGGAGGCCGUGGCCAAGAUUCUACCCCACAAGGUGUUCAAGGGCAACCGGCCCACCAAUUCGAUCGUCGUCAAGAAGGUCACGCCCUUCACCCUUGGCGCUAUGAUUGCAAUGUACGAGCACAAGAUCUUCACCCAAGGCAUCAUCUGGGACAUCAACUCCUUCGACCAAUGGGGUGUGGAGCUCGGCAAGCAACUCGCCAAGGCCAUCGAGCCUGAGCUCCAGGAUGCGAGCCCAGUCAGCUCCCACGACGCGUCUACCAACGGGCUGAUCAACUUCCUUAAGGCUAACUUCUAAAUUGUAGAGUGGGCGGGUCAAAGGGAGAUGUAUCUAUUUCGUAAGAUGUUUCAAACUUAUUACGUUGUCUAAGGGCCCUCUUUAAAUCAAAUCAUUUAAUAAUUCAUAAACAUAGGUAUAAAAGGGUGAUAAUUAUGAAAUUAACACUUUCCCAUGGAAAUCCAUGGUCUGUCGUGUGAAUAUGCAAAUGUGUUUGAAAUUUGAAUUAAAAAUUCGAACGGAUCGGUUUUUUGCGGGACGCAAGAGUGAAAAGAGAGAAACGAAAUGGGGGGAGGAUAAGAAUGUCAGGUGUCAGUCAAAAUGACAAGAGAAU